GCCCACCUGACCAGGCCCCACAGGGUUAACCAGGAGCUCCUGCCUUGGCCACCACAGCUGUUGCUGCCUUGUUCUUGGGGGUGGUUGCAGGGAAUCCCGCCACUGACUCCAGGCUGUUUUCGGGUGACCUGGUCCCAGGCUGGCAGGCUGGUGAGCAUGGAGCUACAGCGCAGGACGAGGAGAGGUGUCUGAGCGGCCCUGGAACUGGUGCGUGUGGUGCUGGCUUCUUGAAGGAGAGAAUCAUCCUUGGACAGGUGUAACAGGGGGCCACCUCAGCUGUCAGGGAACUUGCUUUUGGCUGCUCCUCCCGACGGGCACCUGCAGUUCUACAUAUGAAAACGGUUUCCCUUGCAUCCCUUGGCUGCAAAAUAUGCCUCCUUUGACAUUUGGAGUUUUCUUCCUUGCUGUCUACACAUCCUUCCAUCUUGCAACAGCGGUGGCUGACCAGUGCAGUGGGGGGAACAACAUCUUCACCGAGAUUCCGGAGAACAGCCCCCAUGGUACCUUGGUCUCCUACCUCACGAUACCUGCUGAUCCCAUGAGCGACAUCAUCCAGCUGAGCUUGAGUGGCAUUGAUGCGGAGUGGUUCUACUUGGACGGCAAGGCAGUGCGGCUGAACGUCUCGGAGGAGAGAGUGUUGGACAGAGAGGCUUUGGAAACCCCAGUUCUGAUGGUCUCUUUUACCUGCACGGAAGAUGGUUUCUCACCGGUUGAAUACCGGAUCAUCGUCCAAGUGAUGAACGAGAAUGACAACAAGCCGCAGUUUCAGGAGGACUCCGUUGGCACACGGAACAUUAGCGAGGGCUGUUGUUGUUGGAAGGGACACGGAAAGCGAGAAGGGAGCAGAGCUAGCAGACUCCCUUUGAAUGACAAGUCUUUGUGCCUGCACCUGAAUGCUCUGUGCAUGAGAAGCACGGUUCCCUCUAAGCUGGCUGCCCUGCACUCGGUGGUCUUCAGCACCCAGGCGGAGGAUGCAGAUGGCGACACCCUCAUGUAUGUGAUUGACAGCAGCUCGGUGGAUGCCAGGUAUUUCCGAAUCGACCUGCCGAACAGUGGCAAGAUAGUGCUGGCCAAAGCACUUGAUUUUGAGACCAAGAGGCACCUGGAGUUUGUGGUUCAUGCUGUGGAAAUGAACACCAAGGAGAGGUACAACUCCUCAGCCAGGAUACAGGUCAACGUUAUGGAUGGAGAUGACCAGUACCCCCAGUUCCUGCCGUGCAACUUCCUGUCACGUGACGGGGUCAGCGUUUGCGUCAGCCCCGUCUAUACCACCAACAUCACAGAGGGGGAGGUCAAGACAGGACCCCUCCACUUCCUGCCGGGGGCCAUCCACGCUGAGGAUGGGGACCUUGACCUGAAGGCAGCCAUUACGUACUCUAUUCUCUCAGGGACGGACCACGGCUACUUCCACAUGGACAACAUGACGGGCGCCAUCAGCAUGCUGCAGCCGGUGGAGAGCCGGGCCCGCACCCCUGUCUAUAGCCUCAGCGUCAUGGCCUCUCAGGUGAACGACGCCAAGAAAUAUGCAGUGACGGAGGUCCGCGUGAGGGUCCUGGCUGUCAACAGCCACCCUCUGCACUUUGGGAAGCCCCAGUACCAGGCCUUCGUCCAUGAAGACGACAGCAUGGCUGCCCUGGUGGUGACGUACAGUGGGCGGGUGCUGGCCCUGAGUGCUGCCGACCUGGAUUUUGCGGACGGCUUCAACCCCAUGGUGCACUACAGUCUGAAGCGCCAGUCCAACCAUACGCAGCUCUUCCAGAUCACUCCCGGCGGGCUCCUCAUUGCCCGUGCCAACCACCUGCAUGCUCUUCAGCGGUAUGCUCUGCAGAUAAUUGCACGAGACGAGGAAUCCGGGGACGCCGCCGACACUACUGUCAACGUGGAGGUGCUGAGAGCUGGCCAGGCAGUCCCCAUAGAUCCUCUGGAAGCAGGACACCAGGGCACCCUGGAUGCUGGGAUCCUUGCUGGCAGUCUGGGGGCACUGCUCUUCGUGACUGCUAUUGUCCUCUUCAUCAUCCUGCGUGCCAUGAAGAAGAGGCAGCAGCACCAGCAGAACAUGGAAAGGGCCGCCUUGGCCAUGGAGAAACACCCCAAUGUGAGCUUGAAAUGGUUCCAGCCGGUCAAUGCUGGGAAGGCCCUUCCGGGCCCAGGAAAUAUCUACUUCCAGAACGAAGGGUACAGUGACCUGGGUGAUGAGAUGCCCAAGCUCUGUGGGGGCCAGACCCUGAACUCCAAGCCGGUUUCAGUGAGGAGCGAGAAUGCCCUGGCUGUCAAGGAAACCCCAGUGGCUAAUUCGGUGGGCAAGGCUGUUAGCCAUCAAGGAGCUCCAGCCAAAGCUGGCCCAGCCCCUAAGGAGCAGGAGGAGGGGGCUGCCAGGGCAGCUCUCCUCAACGGGAAGACCCUCGCGCAGCUGAGUUGCAGCACUCCCCGUCCAGAAGAAAAGGCCUCAUCCAGUGCAGACUCCAGUUCACAGCCACUUGCAGGAGGGACCAGGCUGGAAGGGCAGGUGGUAGAGGAGGAGGAGGAGGAGGUGGAGGUGGAGGAAGUGGAGGUAGAGUUGGAAGUGGAGGAGGAGGUGGAGGUGGCGGUGGCACCUGCAGCCUUAGGAGCCCAGGCAAGCAUGGAGGAAAAACAAGUGGGAGAUGCUUCCAGACGGUCUGAGGAGGAAGCACUCCUGGAGGCCAGACCCCAGCAGGAGGAGAAAUCUUGCCAGGAUGACAAGAUGGAAGUGGAUGGAAAUACAAGCAAAAUAGAACCUGCUCCUGAGGGUCCUGCUACCACAAGUAACUGUGUGGAUGUGGAAGUGGGUGACAACUGCACCAGUCCCCAAACGAUUCACGAAAACGUUAACCCCUCCCAUGUUAUUUCUGAAACUGAGACCGCUAUGGGGACUGUGGAGGUCAGCGACUUGCUCUCGGCCCCAAAGCAGGAGCCCACUACGCCACCGCUGAUGUUGAAAGAGGUGUCCAAGGAGAGCUCGGAGGAGGAAGAUGAGGGCGAAGAGACACCCAAGGCUGUGUCACCAACGUACCAAGACCCCCUGGCGUCUCUGCCCAUUAGUGAUGUGAGGAUGCCAGUGACCCUUUUGCAGCUUCUGGAAGAUUCCAUAGAAUGUUAGUCCGACUCUGCCCAUGCAGAGCAGGGCUGGACUCUGUGGAGUGGACAGAGAAUCUCGUCUCCAGCCCAGGGAGGGUGGCGUGGUCUAGAGCUCCUCCAUAUGUGAUGCUACGUGUUUGUAUUGGCGGCAUGAUCUUGAGGAUUGCUUGUGGACUCCAAAACUUGGGGCGACUUUGGGAAGCUCAGAAGCUCCUUUCUGAAGUAGCCGCUGCCACACACAUGUAUAUUUUCUUUUAUUUAACAGGUUGCCUGGUUGGAAAAUAAUGUUGGUGUAUCUU